UGGCCAUCCAUUUGCACCAGUUGCUCCUCGAAGGUCAAUUCCGGAAAAGCUUGCGGCCUCUCGCGUCUCUAUCUUCUCCCUCAAGUUCGUCAAGUAGACAAUGUCUGGACGUGGAUUCGGUCGUGGUGGCGGUCGUGGUGGCCGUGGCGGUGGUCGUGGCGGUGGCCGCGGUGGCGGUCGUGGCGGCGGCCGUGGCUUCGGUGGAGGCCGUGGUGGCGGUCGUGGCGGCGGUCGCGGUGGCCGUGGUGCUGGUGGCCGUGGUGGCCGUGGAGGAGGCCGUGGCGGUGGCCGUGGUGGCGGCCGCGGUGGCAUGGCUGGCGGCGCCAAGGUGGUCGUGGAGCCUCACCGUCACGCCGGUAUCUUCAUUGCUCGCGGCAAGGAGGACGCUCUUGUGACGCUCAACUCGACCCCCGGCAAGUCUGUGUACGGCGAGAAGCGCAUCUCGGUGGACGUCCCGGCCGCCUCGGGCGAGGGCACUGAGAAGGUUGAGUACCGUGUGUGGAACCCGUUCCGCUCCAAGAUCGCCGCUGCCAUUCUGGGCGGUGUGGACAACAUCUGGAUCCAGCCUGGCGCCAAGGUGCUAUACCUGGGUGGUGCCUCCGGUACGACCGUGUCGCACGUGUCUGACAUUGUGGGCCCUACUGGUGCUGUGUACGCCGUCGAGUUCUCCCACCGUGUCGGCCGCGACCUCAUCAACAUGGCCAAGUCGCGCACCAACGUCGUCCCGAUCAUCGAGGACGCUCGUCACCCGCUCAAGUACCGUAUGCUCGUGCCCAUGGUCGACGUCGUGUUCGCAGAUGUCGCCCAGCCCGACCAGGCCCGUAUCGUUGCUAUCAACGCCUCUCACUUCCUCAAGAACGGUGGUCACUUCGUGAUCUCCAUCAAGGCUAGCUGCAUUGACUCCACGGCCCCGCCUGAGGCCGUCUUCGCUCGCGAGGUCAAGAAGCUGCAGCAGGAGCAGUUCAAGCCUGCUGAGCAGCUUACCCUGGAGCCGUACGAGCGUGACCACGCCGUCGUCGUCGGUGCCUACCGUGUGCCCAAGAAGGAGAAGAAGUAGAUCCUCUCAGGAAGAAGCCAAUUGGUUUACACUAACUAUGCAAUGUGUUUUACUACAUGCUUUGCCUAUGUAGGUCUCCGCCUGGAUAUGUGGAGCCUGCCUCUUCUUUCUGGAAAUCUUCAUUCAAGAGUCCAAGCUGCGCUCUUCCUCUAAAGUGUUGUGUAAGUCCAAGGUAUAUAUGUGAGCCGAGUGUAUGUUGCAUGUUUGCAUGUGAGUGGGGCGAUUCCAAUGGGAGGCUUGCUGUGAGGCAUCCUCCUAUUUUCUCGAUGAUUAGAAACAUUGCGUCGGGCGGACUGAACAAAACGGGGCUUGCUGUUGCCCCCACCCGCUGAAAAGUGGUCACUGGGGGCGGCUGUGGGUCCUAUCCGUGAUCGAAAGACGUCAUCAAGCCUCCAAGUGGGGUCAAUGAGAGAAAAGAAGGACAAGUGAUGAAGUACAUGUAUAGUUGGGUAGCUAGUCAUGAGGAAGAGUGCAGCGAGAAGAGGACGGCCGACACACUAAGGGCGGAGACGUAGUGUUUUUUUUUAUUCGUCUUCCUGUUCAACUCGCGCAUUAACUAACCUGUUGUGAUAAAUACAUUUAGUUUCAAUUGAUACUCGCCA